AUGUUUCGACGACUCGGUGCUUCAUCGAAUUCCCUGUGGAGACCGAAAAAUCCGCACUCAUUGGAGUACCUCAAGUAUUUACAUGGUGUUUUGGUAAAAAAUGAGAAAGUGGUAGAAAGUAAUCGAAAAGUGCUUGUAGAAGCGCUUCGUGCGAUUGCCGAGAUUCUUAUCUGGGGCGAUCAGAAUGACAGCAAAGUCUUUGAUUUCUUCUUAGAACGACAGAUGCUUUCCUAUUUCUUACAAAUUAUGAAACAAGAUGGUGGUUCACUGAACGUUCAGUUACUUCAGACACUUAAUAUUUUGUUCGAGAAUAUUCGGCAUGAAACCUCACUUUACUUUCUACUCAGCAAUAAUCAUGUAAAUUCAAUAAUCACGCAUGAUUUUGACUUCAGUAAUGAAGAAAUUUUGGCAUACUAUAUUUCGUUUAUGAAGACGUUAUCGUUCAAGUUAAAUCCCUCAACUAUUCACUUCUUUUUCAAUGAGGCUACCGACGAAUUUCCUCUGUUAACCGAAUCGUUGAAAUUUUUCGACUCCAGUGAGAGUAUGGUUCGGAUAGCUGUUCGAAACAUCGUUCUGAAUAUAGUGAAAGUGGACGACACCGCCAUGACAAAAUUUGUUAAAGGAGCAACAAAAUCGUACCUUUACGAUUUGGUCGAUAGUCUUGUCGCCCAAUCCAUUGAACUAGAUACUUUCGUACGAUCGGCUGAGAAUGUGAUUGCUAACAGAGAGAGAUUGAGGGAUAAGGUCGACGAUCUCGUUGAUCUUCUGCACUAUAUUGGCGAAUUACUGGAUGUAGCAGCUUUGACGGAAUUUUUGUCUGAACUGGUUUCCUCACGGUUUCUCGUACCGUUGCUACUGAAUAGUUUGGCUCCAAGAAGGCACAAUAAUGCGAUUCUGCUCACACCGGUCUCCAGCUUUUUCUUCUUCGCUCAAUUUCUUCUGGUUAUUUGCCAUCAUGACACUGUCCAAACAUUCCUCUCCGCGUUCCUUUUUGAAGAUGCAUCCAUACUUGCUUCUCAAUGGGUGCACGACGGUGACACUUACAGCCUUCAACCUGUGGAGAGGCCUCCUAGGAGCAACACAAGAGUAUAUUUUGAUGCACUGCUGUGCGCGUUUGAUUCAAGCAAAAACGACGACUAUUUGUCGUUUUACGGCUUGAUGUUGAUCUACGCUAUGUUUCAGAAUAAAGGUAGCGUUAGUGAGUUACUGUCUGCCGCUAAUCUACCUGCCAUAAGACGGAGAUCCACGGAAUCAGGCUAUUCAAGAAGCGGACCACUAAUCAAUUUGACCUCUGUGGAGUCGCUUGACUCACCGAUGUCGUGUGAUGAGCGAAUAAUAGAAACCUUGUUAUCAAUCGUGGAAGCAGCAGGCAACGAAGAAAGUCGACUUCGUCCUAUUACUCUCGAGCUGGCUUGUCUGGUUCUGAGGCAAAUACUACUUGUUGUCGACCACGACCACAUACACUCUUCGAUUGGCAGUAAAGCGUCACAUGUCUUAACAUCCUUUGUCGAUCGAUUAGGUCUUUAUGUGAACUCAGAGAAUCUCUUCUUAGAGUGGUUCGAGGACGAAUAUGCCGAAUUUGAGGUCAGCCAUAUAAAGUUAGAAACGAUUGGUUACGAAAUGUUGCUGCCACCAUGUAACACAGCGAUGUCUGGAUUGGCAUUGCACAAGAGGUUACCAAGCGGUUUUGAGGAAAGAAUUCGCACCAUCAUCCAGUUCUACCUACAUGUCCGUAAGUUAGCCAAAGACAUGUCAGGAGAAACGGAUACCGAACUGCCACUGAAGGUCGGAAACAACGUAGCAGUGGAAGUUGGAGAUUGUAUCAAUCUAAAUAACUCGGAUCUUCUUUCCUGUGUUGUGGUGCUGAACAAGAAUGAACGGCUUCCGCGGUUCUUGGUCACGGAUCGCUUGCAGCUCAUACUUGUGGAACCCGAUAGCCGAAAAGCAGGAUGGGCAAUAGUGCGAUUUGUAGGAUUGCUACAGGAUACGCAGAUUACCGGGGAUCCUUCGGACAGCAGGUCUCUACACGUCGUUGUUGAGGGGCAACCAUCUAGGCAGAAGAAACGUCAAGCACUACUGACAGCUCGUUUUGUGUUCGACGAUCACAUCCGAUGUAUGGCUGCGAAGCAACGUCUUACAAAGGGACGCCAAAUUGCGAGAGGAUUGAAAAUACAAGCAAUUUGUGAUCUACUCGGGGUACCACGUGUCGGAUCGUCGUCGCCACGAGCGAAUCCCUUCAGGAUUGUCAAAGGAUGCGCACCAGGGAGUGUACGGAAGCAGUUUGGAUUCCCGAUAGCAAUGCCAAGAUCAUCACAAGGCUCUAUGAGCUCCAUCCCAGAUGAUCCACAGCCACGUCCUUCGUCAAGUUCGUCGACAAGUGGAGUGAAGCAUGUUUAA